UUGAUUUUAUUAACCCAAAGCUGAGGGAUAGACUGUUUAAUAAUGGAGUAAAACAAUAAUUUGAUACCUUGCCAAAUUUCAGUUAAGUAAGGGUUUAUAAGACAUGUAGGUAUGUGUGUUUUACUAAGUGGGCCUAGUAGCUUACAUCUAGAGACAGGCCGUUAAGUUCGAGAUUAUGAACCCCUUUAAAAAUCAGAUGGAAAGACACCCUCCUACAAAAAUGUCCAUCAAUAAAUUUGGAGAAAACACUGCAUUCAAUUUAUUGCACUGAGCAUUGAUUACCUUUGCAUAGAAAUAUAUCAUAAAUGUUAACAGCAUAAUGAUUUUCCCACUUUAUUUUGAACUUUUAUUGAGUUAAACUGUUUUAUUUGCAAGUUAGCCUGUAUGCUACAGCCCCCUUGAAGCCCAUCCACAAACCCCCAAGGGGUCCAUUUAUCCCAAGUUAAGAACCUUAAUCCAGCGAUCGGCAGUGAAAACAAAAUUAUAGGAUAACUUACAUAAUACAAUAUAGUGGCUUGUGAUUUCCCUGAAAAAGUGUCUCUAAGUCUCUCUGUUUGUCAGUCUGCCAGCCUGUGUGAGGCCAGGCCGUAAAACCUUCUAGUCAUUUUCAUAUAUGGGCACGUCAGCAUGGCAACCCUUGACGUUAACGUUUCUAAAAACAGCCCUGAUAACAAGCUGAUUGCUGGACAGAAGUAUGAGAGGAGAUUGUGAGUGCGCUUGUUGGAGGCCUGGUGUCUUGACCAUUCUACUGCUGUGGGACAUACAGUUUUUCCUCUUCUACCGACAAAUACAGAAAUAAAUAUAUUUUAAAUACAUUCUGAGUAGUUCAUUUAACUGCUCAAACACCAAAAAAGAUCUACAAUAUGGACAGCUUGGAAAAACAACUGAUUUGCCCCAUCUGUCUGGAGAUGUUUACCAAACCUGUGGUCAUUCUCCCAUGUCAACACAACCUCUGUCGGAAGUGUGCCAAUGAUGUUUUUCAGGCCUCUAACCCAUACUUGCCCACGAGGGGGGGAACUGUGACUUCCGGCGGGCGCUUCAGGUGCCCUUCUUGUCGCCACGAGGUUGUCCUGGAUCGGCAUGGAGUCUAUGGGCUUCAGAGAAAUCUCUUGGUGGAGAACAUCAUUGACUUGUACAAGCAGGAGUCCACCAGUGUUUGUUUAUGGAUACUGCUCCUGAUGACUUUUAGCAACAGCAAGUCUGGCCCAGAGCGACAGGUCGAGCAGCCUAUGUGCACAGAACAUGAGGAUGAGAAGAUCAACAUCUACUGUGUGACCUGCAGUGUGCCCACCUGCUCUAUGUGCAAGGUGUUUGGAGCCCACAAGGACUGCGAAGUGGCACCCCUCAAUAGCGUGUACCAGACACAGAAGUCAGAGCUGAGUGACCACAUUGCCUUGCUUGUGAGCAACAAUGACCGUAUCCAGGGACUAAUCAGUCAACUGGAGGAGACCUGCAGGACCAUAGAGGAGAAUGGCAGGAAGCAGAAAUCCCAUGUCUGCGAAACGUUCGACCAUCUGUACUCCAUCUUGGAGGAACGCAAGAGGGAGAUGAGUCAGAAGGUGACGGGGGAACAGGAGGAGAAGCUGAACUACAUCCGUGGCCUCAAGCGCAGAUACGGCGACCACCUGGAAUUCGCGACCAAAGUGGUGGAGUCGGGUAUCCAGACUAUGGAGGAAUCAGAAAUGGCCUUGUUCCUACAGAACGCAAAACCGCUGCUACAGAAGAUUGACAAGGCCUGUAACAUUUCUCAUCUUGAGAAAGUGGAACCUGGCUAUGAGAACAUGGAUCACUUUGGGGUCACUUUUGAGAGAGAGGGCAAGGCUCUUCGCAGCGUGGAUUUUAUUAAGGAGGAUGAUGAGGAUGACGAUGUUGAAGAAGACAAUGGGGAGGAGGAUGGUGAGGAAGGAACGAGCCUGGAGACAACCACAAAUCCUACACAGGCUAUCGGAGGUGUGGGAGCCGGGACUCAACCACCACCCUCCCACCGCGUCCUUCCAAAACUGCAGAACCCUGGCAACCCCGCGGCCGUUCCCCCACCACGAUCUGGGACCCGAGCCCAGGCUCAGCCCGCGGAUACCCCGCCCCAGGUGGGAGCGUGACCCAUCUGGAACACUGCGUCCCUGGACCAUGUCCACGGAUCCUUCACUGUGCUGGCAGGAGUUUUGACACACUAUCUCUGAAUGGCAGUGUUGCCAGAAGCUGUUGGGAACGUUAACACCAUAGGCCUUUUCCCCGUUAAACAUACACUUUGACUCACCAGUCAAAUUCUGGUAUUUUUUUUAGCCAAGUUGGAGUAAACAGAGUGGGAAUUCACCCAUUAUACCUCUAAUCCUGCACAGCUCUUGGUCUUUCACUCUCUUAUGUGUUUUUGUACUCCAGCAGCACUUCCAGGAACCAAUGCAGUGAUGAUAUAGGACUGCCUUCGGUCUACCUGCAGUGUCAUACUGUCACAGACUACUGUAGUCAGAUGACAUUGAAUAAUUUGUACUGCCCACAGAGAGGAAAUAAGUCUUGUUUGUUUACUUAGCGGCACAUUAAAACACAUGACAGAAGAGUGCACUCAUUUUUCAGAAAUAACAAAAAAGUACUCUAACACACAUCUCUGACCACCUAUCUAUAUUCCUGUCUCUCAGUGUAUGUCUCUGGAUUUCCAUAUAUUUCUGUAUUUGUGCUGGUGCAGUGUGAGUGAGGCAAUACAUUAACAACAAACUACAGGAAUAGUCUGGGAGCUCUUAUGCUCCUGACAUUUGUCCUAAGAUUCGCAGAAGGUUAUUCUGAAUUAGUUACUGUUGUAUUAUAGAAGGCAUCAACACAAGCCUUUCUUGCCAUUCAAUAUCAAUUUCUACCUUCAAAGAGAUGAUGAGCUAUAUAUACAGUUAUGUCUAUGAGCUGUUGCCCUGAAAAAGAACUGCUUGUAAAAAAUGCCACACACACUUUUCAAAACUUGAAGGUUAACUUUUUUGUGUGUCAAAUAACGUUUAAUAAAAACUGGAUUUUGUGUUCAUGAUUCCCCUAUGCUUUUAAGGAGGUGAAAAGAAGCUGAAAAUACCAAGCAAAUUUCUCAUAUUUCCAGUGCUACAUUGUUUUGGGGAUUAUGUAUAAU